GAAACAAAACAAAAAUAGCAACCACAAUAACAACACUAACUGCCAAAAUUCUAAUUCAUGCAAAGCAAUAGAUCUAAAUCUAUUUUCGUGUAACGCAGACGAAAACUUAUUGUUAAAGAUAAAAGCAGCUGCAGCUUAAAAGAUUCUGAGAUGGCGAACAUGUCAUGUAGUGAAGGAGAAUCAGAUUCUUCAGAUGCUGGAGACAGUGACAGUUUUUUGGAAGAUAACCCUUUUACUAUCAACCCUGUCCUUCAAGAGGACAUUCAGAAACUUAAAGAACGUUUUCCUCAGUCUGCUGUGUCCUGGAGAACUCUGCCAAUUAUCAAUGAAAUGGACUUAGAUAUGUCUUUACCCACCACAUUUCUAGAGUCUACUGUGACGACAGCCUGGGGAUUAAUUCCUGGAUUACCCGUGGUGAUUCGCAUCAAUUUAAACCAUGAACACUAUCUCUUCAAGAAUGCUGUCAUUAGAGUAGACGUCUUUCAGGUUCCAACUUUGAAAAGAAAUGGCAUCUUAAUGCAGAUUAAGAACAUCGCAGAAUCAUUCUGUAGAACAAAUGUACAGCGGAUCGUCAACGAGCGUCAGUCUCCUCUCACCUGUGAUGAAACAAUCAAGCUCUCAAAGGAGGAAGUCACUCACUUAAAAGACAUGGGCUAUACAGAAACAGCCAUCUCGCAAGCUCUGAACUUAUCAGAUGGUACAGUCAAUAGCACAAUCGACAUUCUAAUGCAGUCUUCUGAAAACAUGUUGGCAAGUCCUAACUUACAACUAAGUGCACACGAUGGAUUUUUAGCUGAGCUUUAUGCUUACAUGCAAAAGAGACUGUUAACUCUGAACGAUUACUGCCCUAUAUGUGACCACCAUCAUGAUAUAAAACUCAGUGUCAUGCUUAAGCCCAUGAUUUGCGGCAGCACACUGUGUAUCUUCAGCUUCCAAACUCUAGGAGUCAUGGCUGAUGCUUCGACAGACAUCGUUACGGAACCUCAGGUGGUGUACUUGCUACUGCAGUUGACAAGGGCUGCUGUUGAAUCAGCUAGGCAUGACCUAAUAUUGGCCCCCUACCCCACCAUUGUGGAUGACAAGCUCCAUGAAAUUGUUCUCUAUGAGCAGAAAAAAGACAUCACGCUGCUAAAGGAAAUCAUCUCUAGCAUUCCUCAUAUCAAAACAUUGUUGGACAUUGAUCCAGAAAAUUUGAAACAAUUCAUGGAAAAUGUUCAUCCAUUCAGCUACUCCCUUCUCAGAUGGAUUAUAUCAAGUAAUCGUUCCCACAUUGUCAAGCUGGCCAAAGAACAGUACCUUGACUUCAUGCACACAAAUCACCAGUUUUUGUUGCGUAACAGUCCGCCACUAGAAGAUCAACGCUUUCGUGAAGAAAAGAGUAAAUCAGGAAGUGUUUUUGCUUUCCAUGGUUCACCAAUAGAGAAUUGGCACUCCAUAAUCAGACAAGGUCUUUUGGUAGCCAGUGGAACCAGUAAACAGCUCAACGGGGCAGCCUAUGGCAAAGGUAUCUACAUCAGCCCUCACCUCAACACUUCACUGGGAUAUUGUAACAGGCUUCUAAGUAUAUCUAUGCCCCCUACCAAAAAGGCUAAGAAAGCUGCAGUUGACCCCAAUGACCCCCAAGAUGAAUUCAUUGAUCAUUUACUGGAGAAGAUGACAUGUAUAGCUUUGUGUGAGGUCAUCAACAACAACCACCUAAAGAGGCACUGUGAUACCAUAUGGACCUGUGAAAAAAGUGAAUUUAUCUGCACACGAUUCUUUUUUGUGUAUGACAGAAACUUUCCGGCCAACUUAGUGGAGCAAGAGAUCCACAUGAAACCAGGCAGCAAGUACGUCAAGCAGAUUGAACAAGCUCUAGAAGCCACCAAAUAGCCAGCCACUGAUGUUUUUACAGCUGUCCACCUCAGCAGAGUUCACAUUGAUGCCUUACUCCACUACAAUACAUGACGCUGGAUUACUCCAUUAUACAAUACAUGACGUUACCUUACUCCACUACAAUACUUGAUGCUGGCUUACUCCAAAAUAACAGUACACUAUGAUGCCUUACUCAUCAGCUGCUAAAGUUUUAACAAAUAUUUAUUGACAGUUUUGUUCACGUUUGAAUUUGUUUUACAGAAGUUUUACAAAAGUUUUACAUAAUUUUUACUUAAGUUUACAAAUGGUGAUCAGAGAGACAAGAGCUCACCUAUCCUACAGAUUGUCAGGUCAACCCAAAUGCCCUAUAGAUUGUCAGGCCAACAUUGUUUAACUAGUAGAUGCCAUGUGUCACUUAACUUUAUCUUUUUAUCAUGGGUCCAUGUGGAAAUGCAGGUGCCUGAAGCAUGAAUAAAAAUAUGUUCAAACAUUCCAUAGUUUACAUACAGCACCGCUGCAACUUUUAACAACUGUCCAGCAUCUACUGUGCUACAGCUGACAGCUAUAUGCUUUCAAACAACUGUUCUACAGCUGACAGCUAUAUGCUUUCAAACAACUGUCCUACAGCUACAGCUGGGCUGACAGCUAGAGGCUAACCAGCAAUAUUAGCUGCUCAAAUGCUUUUGUUCAAUUUCUACAUUCACAGCUUCACCUAUUUUUGUCAGACUUACUCAUCCAAAGAUGCCUUCAUUGAUUGAUACUCAUUGAUUGAGUUCCUCUCAUUCCAAUCAUGCACAAGUAUUUAAUGCUAAUGGAUUGAUUUCCAAUCAUGCACAAGUAUUUAAUGCUAAUGGAUUGAUUUCCAAUCAUGCACAAGUAUUUAAUGCUAAUGGAUUGAUUUCCAAUCAUGCACAAGUAUUUAAUGCUAAUGGAUUGAUUUCCAAUCAUGCAGAAGUAUUUAAUGCAAAUGGAUUGAUUUCCAAUCAUGCAGAAGUAUUUAAUGCUAAUGGAUUGAUUUCCAAUCAUGCAGAAGUAUUUAAUGCUAAUGGAUUGAUUUCCAAUCAUGCACAAGUAUUUCAUGCUAAUGGAUUGAUUUCCAAUCAUGCACAAGUAUUUAAUGCUAAUGGAUUGAUUUCCAAUCAUGCAGAAGUAUUUUGUCUUCACAGAUUCCAACGAUGCAGACUUUACUGCCCUCUGUAGAAAUGCAUUUUAUAGAUAUUUAUAUUUGUUUUUAAUUAUGACUUUUAAUAAUGACAGUGUUUAUUUACAUUUUCAGGAAGAUUUGUGAAUAGUUGCUUACUUUUGUAAAUAUUAAAAACCAAUA